UAAACUGAAACUCAAUCAUUUUGAUCCUCAGUAUCAACAUAAAAAUGCUACCUAUUAAAAUAUUUCUGUUCCUUGUGCUUUUGAGCAUCCAGUACACGUUUGGCCUUUCAGACUAUCCUAACUAUGAUAGUCAUUCGCCAGUCCAAAGGAAAAUCUAUACGAAGGAAUUUACAUCCAAGCCAUUGGUUUCUUUUACGGAUUUGAAUGCCAAGGAUUCAUCAGAUGACGCAACAAAUUAUAAUAGAGACCCUACGGACCCUUUUCAUAUAUAUCUUAGUGUACCCGUACUAAAAACGCUCGCUCAAAAUAAUUCAUAAGUUAACUAAUACUUGCGAUGUGAAAAACUUUACUUAUUUUUCAAAAUGCAAAAAAAUCUGACCGAGUUGAUGAUUGCCUACCUAAAAAGAAUGUGUUUGAACGUUUAACAUAAAACCAGUUACAUCUAAGUUUAAUCUAUUAGUAACAAAAUUAAAACAAAUGCGAUUGUAAGUAUCGCGUUCAGCUCUAUAAUGUAAACGAUAUUAAAUCAAUAUCUAUUAA